GGUACCCAGGAACUGGUUAAACAGGUGAAGAAUUUGCCCCAAGCCAACUACAACCUCCUCAAAUACAUAUGCAAAAGCACUUUAAGAUCAGUAAAGAAAGGCAUUUUUUCCAGGUUCCUUGAUGAAGUUCAGGCUCAUUCCAGCAUUAACAAGAUGAGCGUCCAGAACCUGGCUACAGUAUUUGGACCAAAUAUAUUACGACCCAAAAUGGAAGACCCAGUGACCAUGAUGGAAGGCACCUCGCUAGUUCAGCACCUGAUGACAGUGCUGAUAAGUGAACAGGGGCGAAUCUUUGCUGUUCCUCAGGCAGAUGUGCCAGGGAGCCAGCUGGAAAUCAGACCUGUGCGUCAACGCAGCACUGUGGAGUGGAUCUCUGAGGAGGACGGAGAGGACAGCAAGGCAGAGAACAGCAUUCCCGGCCCCGCUGAUUUGUCUUCUAGCAAUGCUGUGGCACUAGAGGCCACCCCUGGACCUGCGGUGAAAAACACUCCCUCAGAGCACAGUGGCAAAUUGACUCAGCCUGCCACCAGCCCCAGCAAAAGAGUGCAGACGCUACCUCCGUGGAAAUACUCCUUCCGCCAGCAGGGAGCACGGUCUGUGAGUCCAAAACUGGGCAGCUCAUCCUUAGAUAUCCCCAACCUCUCCUCUGGUGGGAACUGGUUGAUGAACGGACUGUACUCCCUCCGAGGCCAUCGCCGGACAGCCUCUGGGGAGCGAGUUAAAGACUCGUGUUCUUCCCAGAGACUCUCUACGUACGACAACGUCCCUUCGUCCAGCCUCUCCCUUAGCACUCACAGCAUGGCCAGCACCACGUGGUCUACGUCGUCGUGUGAAAUCUCCGUGGUGGACUCGGUCAGCAGUUGUCCGGCCUGCCGGGCCAGUGACUCUUCUGCUUUAAGCUCUCUCAAAACGGAGUGGGUAACUCAGGGCUCGCUGUCUCAGAGUGAGGUCAAGACUGCAGAUCUAGAGAACAGCAUCGACAGGUUUGACGCAUGCAGCACCAGCAGCAGUGAACAAAGCAACCCUGCUGCGGCUUCCAGAGACUCUGUCAAAUGCUCCAGGGCCUUGCAGAGCUUGGUGGUGGAGCUAAAGACAGAACUGAGCAAACAGAGGACUGAGUAUGAGACUAGUAUCAAAAGAAUUGAAGAAACAAGUGCAGACCUGAGGAAACAAGUGGUUAGGUUAGAAGAAGAACUGGACCAAGAACGAAAGAAAUACACCAUGCUGGAAAUAAAGCUGAGGAAUUCUGAACGUGCUCGUGAAGAUGCCGAGAAGAGAAAUCACCUCCUGCAGAAGGAAAUGGAAGAGUUUUUUUCGACAUUAGGAUGUUUAACUGUUGGGAAUCAAAGCGCUAAAGUCCCUAAGUAGAACAAGCUGAUGUACAGCACAGGAAAAUCCUAUUUCUGGCAAAACCAGUGAAAAAGGCACAUUUUGUUCUGGUAUACUCAUGUAUCAUGAGUAAUUCUACAGUGAUUGUGCUCUCAGUGACACUUGCUCUGUUGUCUUAACAUGUGCUGUAAUAUGUGGGCCAGCUGGGAAAAAGUGCUAAACAUAAUGCUUGAAAGUUUAGAU